UAUCAAGGCCCGUUUAUACGUCGCGGCCUCCUCCUCCUCUUGCUCCUGCUGCUCCUCCUUCUCCUCCUCGCUUGCGCUGCAGGCCGGCUACAAGGCGCGUGCGCGUUGCUGCUGAUGCCUCAGUGUCUUAGGGUGGGUGAGCUCGCUCAGUAGCUCUUGUUCUAUUUUUUCUCUAUUUAUUCCUGUUUCUCUCUCUCCCUUUGACCCACUGCUCCCCUCUUUCUCUUGUCUUUUUGCCUUUCAAAUCCUUCUUCCUACUGCUUGAAUCUGAGCUUCUCCAGGAAAACGGUAGGCGGAGGGGAGGAAGGAAUUUCAGUUCCAGGCGCAUUCCGGGAGAUAGAGGGACGACUCUGUUUUGAAUUGAAGAAACUAUUUCAUGGCGCGACCCCAUGUUCCGAAAUUUGGAGCUUGGGAUGCGAAAGGAGGAAAUGGGGGAACUUACACUGCAGUAUUUGACCACGCUCGCGCUGGCAAGGGUGGAAAACUCAUAAAUCCCAAUGAUCCAGCCGAGAAUGACGCUCUAGCCGCUCAGUUAUAUGGUGGUCCUCUUCCUACUCAGCGAAACAAUGAUCGCUCUCCAUCUCGUGGUAGACAGGCAUAUGAUACCGGGCGACCUGAGCCUCCACCUAGGCGUCCUCAACAGGAUAGGUAUGGUGAUGGCCCAAGCCACAGUGGUGAACGCUCAUCUGCAAAUCCUUAUGCAUCGGGCGCCCGUGAGGCUGGACGAGGUGCUGCCACACCUGCCAUGGGGCGAAGAAGUCGAAACUUCUCUGGAGGAGACGAAGGUUCUGUGUUGGCGCCAGGCACUCCGAAGGCUCGUCUACGAACACAAGGUGGAAGACCUGAGGAGCCAACGAAAGGAGGUGCACUGCCUAAGUUUGGAGAUUGGGAUGUGAAAGACCCAAAUGCUGGAGAAGGUUUCACUGUGAUCUUCCAGAAACUUGCAGAUGAGAAGAAAGAAGGUGGACCAGUGCAAAUUCCAAGAUUGAAUCCAGACCACCGUCUAUCUCAUGAUGAAGGUCACGGCAAGCGGAGUCAGUAUGGAGCAUCAAAAGUGACUAAAGAUACUAAACAUAGUCGUCAACCGGGGUGCUGCACCAUUUUGUGAAGAUUCCACAGCUACCUAAUUUUAAGUGGUUCAGAUGGCGUCUAUGAUCGAUCGUUAAGCACGGUUGGAGCCCUCAAAAGCACUCAAGGUCAUGUUGUGACAAGAAGAUUACGCGUCGAAUGUUUAGACUGAGUAUCUCUCGUCACCGUUGUGAACUUUCUUCCGUGCAGUCUUUUAUCAAGAUGGGGUCUUUGCAUACUACAAAAUAAGUUAUCAUUUACCUCCACAACACAGGCAGUCGGUAUCCUAGCAAGCUGAUGUUUCUUUUCUGACUGCUACUCCGUCAGUUUCUACUUUGGAAGCCUGGGGUGGCAUAGUGAAUUGAUAUGUGAACCCAUCUGCAUAGGGCUGAUAUACUGAUAAUGAGGCUGAUAGACCUAAUACAGCUAAAGCUUGCAGAACCAUACUCGUCUCACCUCCGUGAGUAGUUUGCAUCACUGUUUAUAUUACUUUCUGGUGCUCUGUAGCCAGAUCUAGUUGCGAGAUUGUCUAACCCAGUUGUACUCUUGUGGGUUUCUGAUAUAGCACUAUAAAAGCAGUAGGGAACUUGUGUGGUUUAUGUUCCAGCUCUAUCCACUUUGAGCAACACCCUGUAUACUUUUCAAGGCCUAUGUGAGACUACUGUAAUUUUGCUAGUUGAAUGUAUCGAUUCAAAUUCGUAUGAUGUAAUUUAAAAUGACGAGAUUCUUGGAUUAACAUAAA